CCCUACACCAGCAGGCUGUGCAUUAUGUCUAUUGAUUUUGACAGCGCUGCUCUUCAAACUCAACAGGAUGAGGAUGAAUACGACCAAGAGGACUAUGCAAGAGAGCAAGAGCUGCACAAGCUGCUCACAGACCUGCCUGAUGACAUGCUGGAGGAUAGCAUAGACUGCUCCUCCCCGGAGGUGGAGUACUCUCACUGCAGCAAUAAAAACACUGGCAACAGCCCACAGUCCAAAUGGACUCAGCAAUGGUCUGACCAUCCAAGUCCAAACUCUCAUGACCAGAACUAUGAAGUUGACUAUAAUCAAGGCUCCCAUGAAUACGCUUAUGAGGAUGGUGAAGUUCAACUCAAUGGACAUCAGUGUCAUCCUCAAGCUCAACCUCUUCCUCACCCCUGGAACCCGCAGUCACAGGAUCACCAGUUCACCCAAGGUUAUACACACAGCACAGGAACAGAAAACUCCACAGAAAGCAAUGAUUUCUCCACAGAUGAAACAUCUAACCCUCGAGGUACUAAUGACCCCAUGGAAUAUAACGGAGAAGGAGGGCGCAGGGACAACCACAUUUACGGGGAACACAACAACGCCAGAAAUCAUUUUCAACAUCAUAAUUUGAAGUCUGGAGCAGCGGACAGAGGUGCAGAUCAGCACAAGGCCACCUACAAUCCUCACCAUCCUGCCCAUCAGCCAAAGAUGUUUAAUUCACAGGCCACACACCAAGAACAUCAAUUUGACCAUCUUCAGAGAGAGUUCCUUGACUCGACACAACAAACUGCUGACAGGGAGCAGCUCGCCCAGCUGCAGAUUUUAAACAAUGCUCAUCAAAGGCAAAUUGUAGACUUGGAGCAAAAACUAGAGGAUUCAAGGCGUAAUAUGAGAUAUCUCGAGCAUCAGUUUGCCAUCGUCAAAGAUGAAAAGGACGGUCUAGCGGUGAGUCUUAAGGAAUCAAGUCGACUGCUUGAAGAGGCCAAAGAGCGAGAGGUUCAGAUGCACAAUAAAUUUAAGACAAUGGAGCAGCAAGUAAAGGCACUGAAUGAGAGAGACCAGGAGAACACGAAGAAGCAGAGGGUGGCAGAGGCUGCAGUAGACAGCAUGAAGCAGCAGAUGUUGGAGCUUUGUCGCUCCGACACCCUGUCCAGAGCUCGGGAGCAGCAUGAUCGAGACCUCUCUGUUAUUAAGGAGCAACAUGAGGUUGCACUGUUGACCAUAGAGCAGAAGCUUGACUCUACCUCUCACGCUCUGAGUGAACAGGUUGCUCUGAGUCAGAGGUUACGAGAGCAGGUGAAGCAGCUGGAGCGCCAAAGAGAAGAAGAGCAACUGGAGAGAGCCAGAGUGGUUAAUGCCCUCACUCAACGUCUGGAGGAGAGUCAGAAACAGUGUGCCCAGCUGCUGCAGACAAGUUCAGUGCAGGAGACGAGUCAAUUACAAAUCAAACUACAGCAUGCUCAAUCAGCCAAGGCUCUGAGUGAAAACAUGAACAAAGCGUUACAGGAGGAUCUGACCGAUUUGAAGGAGCAGAUUACUCUGUAUGAGUCUGCUGUUAAACAUGGUGUUAUUGCAUUAGACCUGAAUGGUGACUGGGAGAACCAACUGUCUGAAUCCUGUAUGGAUUUAGGAUUAAAGAAAACCAACUGGAAAAAUGGCACUCUUCACAGUACUGUCCUGGCUAACCUGUCAGACUCUAAGCUGCCCAAGGAUGAGGCUUUGCGGCUGCUGCGAGUGGAGAUGCAGCGCUGCCUGGGCAGUUUGAAGGGGAAGCGGCAGAAGAUCAGCCAUCUGCAGGAGGAGCUCCAGCACUGUCAAGCCAGAGUAAACGAGCAGCAGACCCAGUUAGAUGAAGCCAAGCUCAGCUCUUUGGUCAGAGACACCAGCCCGAAUAAACAUCUAGACAUGACUGGAGAGCCUAAGAAAGAGUUAAUGAGACUACAGGAAGACAAACGACACUUGCAGGAACAAGUGGAGGUGCUAGAAAAUAAGAUUAAGGAACUGAAGCUGAGUGAGGAGAAGGUGAGAUCUGCCAACCUUGAGCUGUGCACCAAGAUGAGGGAGAUGAUCCAGGACAUGGACCAAGAGAAGCAGGAGGCUGCGGAGCGAUCUGAGCGGAUCAAUCGGCAGUAUAGGGACGACGUGGUGAACAGAGUCAGAACAGAGCUUAUGCUGGAGAAUGCUACUCAGGUUGAACAUCUGACCGAACAACACCAGCAGCAGCUCCAACAACUGCAGACCCAGCUGUCUGAGGCCAAUGAUAAAAUGUUGGCAGUUCAAGAGUGUUACAUAUCUAUCUGCAAGGAAAAGGACCUGCUGGAAGAAAGAAUACGAGACGGGGAAAAGGAGGAGGCUUUGAUGAGAGAAAAUGAGCAAAAGAUGAGAGAGGAGAGCGGUACAAGUGUGGAGAAACUGAGAGAUGAGCUUGAGGCUCAGCAUAAGGCCUCAAUAAACCAGCUGAAAGCUCUGUGGUCCAAAGAGAAAGAGACUGAGAUCCAGCAGCAGGUGAACUCUCAUGUAGCCUCAGCCAUGGCCACUUGGAAGGAGGAACUGCAGGAGAUGGAGAGGACCUGGGCCCAGAGGCUGGAGGAGGCUAGAAGGGAGAAACACAGACAGGCUGCUGAGGGAAGCUGUCAGGCAGAUGAGACUGAGGCCAUCAGUGUGACAAUUACUGUUGAGGAGUUGGACUCCAGGCUCAGCGCCCAGAAACUGCAGCUGCAACUGGAAGCUGACAAAGUCAAACAUAAAGCUGUGGAGGAAGCCAGGAAACAAGCCCAGAGAGAACUUCACGAGAAACACCUGGAGGACAUGGCCAGACAGGUUGAAGGUGCAGUGACCAGAGCCUAUAAUCGCUGGAUUGAAGAUUUGACUUCGUUACCAGAAUAUCAAGCUGGUCUCCAAACAGAGAAGGAAAAAUGGGAAGAACAACAGGAUCAACACACAGAACAACGGGUAACACGGGCCCUGAGGGAGGCAGAGGAGCAGUGGCUUAAGCGGCAGAGGAACCAGCUGGAGGAGCAGACCCCUGGAACGCAGAGAGUGGAGGAGCUCCAAGAGGAGGUGGCAACUCUCCAGAGCCAGCUGGAGCAAGUGAGGAGAGAGCAAGGUGCCCUGCUGAAGGCUGAGCUGGCCGGAGCUAGAGCAGCCUGGAAACGAGACAAACAACAGGAGAUCUCCGGCAUCCAAGUUCGCAGUGAGCAGGUGUACCAAACCAAGCUGCAGGAGCAGCACAAGAAGCUGGAGCAGGCUCUGCAGGAGGCUCGAGAGGAUGCCGACCUCCAGAAGAAGGAGCUGCUACUGCAGAUGGAGGCCAAGCUACAACAGACUCUGAGGGCCAGGGAGGAGGAGUGGAGAAGUCAGGCAGAGAUGGAGCAGGCCCAGACGCAGCAGAUGAGAGGUGAUUUACUCACAGAGCUUCAGACUGCGCUGGCCGAAGUCCAGGGACAACUUCUCAGGGAUCCCAAAACAGAUCAGCGGGGUGCUGAAGAAACCAGGAGGACCAGCGGGGCGACGUCAGAGGGCUCAAUAACACACAUCAUCCAAAGUUCCUGCAAAGACAUAGUCAACAGAGCAGUAUCCCAGGCCAAGAAGGAGUGGAAGAGAAUAAGUGAGGAGAGGUUGAGCCGUGUAUUAACAGAGACACAGGAACAGCACGAAAAAGAAAUCGACGAAAUGCAAAGCUCCUUGGCCCAGAGGAGAGAGCAGGCUCGUUGCAGGAAGGAGUGUGUUGAGACUGUGAGUAAGUUGCAGAAGAAGAACCAGGAGCUCCAGAGACACUUAGAGAAAGCAUGUCGUCAACUCCAGCACAGUGUUCGAGAGCACAAAAUUGCUAUACAGCGUCUCAAAGAUGAACAUGAACGUAGCUUACAAAAGGCAAAGGAGGAACAUCUCAAGCAGCUGGAGGAAGUGAAGAAAGCCAAAGAAACCUCAGGGACUUCUGAUCAACUUUCUGACCAACAAAAUCUUCAGCAAGGCCUCGAGGAGAUGAAGCAGCAAUACAUGACGACUGUAGAAAAGAUCAGAGGAGACAUGCUUCGUUACCUCCAGGAGAGUCGGGACAGAGCGGCAGAGAUGAUCCGCGUGGAGGUGCAGAGGGAGAGGCAGGACACUGCCAGAAAGAUGAGGCGCUAUUACCUGACCUGUCUGCAGGAGUUACUGGAGGACGGAGGAAAGACGACAGGGGCUGAAAAGAAAAUAAUGAAUGCUGCAAGCAAGCUGGCAGCCAUGGCUAAAGUGCUCGAGACGCCUUUCAAAAGUAAAUCUGGAAAGAACUACAGUUUACCGAGUCAUCCGACAGCUGUGCCCACCACUGGCUGCCCUCCAGGUUUCAGUAUUACCCCGUCGACACUGACUGAGCCCCUCGACAUCAGGCCAGAGGAGAGGUCCCACAGGGGAAAGACUUCUGCUAAUCCAGAGCAGAAAGUAACCACUACAGCGAGGACUAAACCUUUGAGCCACCAGGACAUUUCUGCAUCCAGGAAGGAGGAGGCCUCAGCGGAUGCAGGGAUUAACCUCCAGGCGGCAGGCUUCACGCAACUCCCCCCUCACAAACCUUCUCAACAGAUGGCCCCUCCGUCCCAGGUGGAUUUUGUCUGUGUGUCCACGAGGAGUAAGAGCAGGGAGCCGUACCUGCAGGGAAGUGAACGUGUCAAAGCAGACAGUCGCCUCAACUCAGAGCGACAGAGCAGAGAGCCUCCCGUCCGAGAUGAGAAACGGACAGACUGGAGCAUGACCAGCAGCGACUCGGACACUGGCUUCCAAGUCCCCAGACUGUCCUACUCAGGAAGGAAAGUAGAACCGGUGAGGCCGUUUUCUGUGUCUACUGAGACGGCUGCUGACUUCAGAGAGUUUGGUAGCUUCACCCCAGACGAGUCUGACCUGACAGUUUAUAACGAGAUCGCUAAAAAGACACCUCACACCCAAACCUCGAACCAUCCCAAAGCGAAGAUGAGCACACACAGACAGCCCACUCCCGGUUCUGAGGGUGGGACGCAGCACGGUGUCGUCUCCAGGCCUGUGUUCUCCGAGCUGAGACAGUGUCAGCAGGACAGCGGCUUUGACAGUCCUUUCUACCAUCAGAAAUGACAAAGUGAAGCAGGGAGAUUAGUUUAAAACUUACGUGAAGAUUUAAAGUUUACCAAAUGGUG